UUCUCUCUCUCUCUCUCUCUCUCUCUCUCUCUCUCUCAAGUUGAAGCCAAUACGCUGAAGCGAUUUCUGCUUUCUGGUAAGAUUCUUUGAGGACUCGGGCGCAGCUACUUUUUCUUGUGCAAUGAUCAAGACCUAUUUUUUGAAUCUUUUUGCUUUUCAAGAACCUACUUACAAGAACUUUGUUAGUGGGUCUGUAAACUACCAGAUAUUUUAUCAAUACUAACAUACAGAUAUCUAGUGAUGGCACAAAUCACAAAGCCUGAAUUCUGUUAACUACCGGAUUUUGAUUAAUGUUCCCUUUUCCCCUACUUCAGUAGGCGACAUAAUCCAUUUGGAAUUUUUACUCUUAUGGUUUAUGGUAUUCUUAUUUUAGUAACAAUUCCUGAAGGUUGAACCAAGGGAUUGACUAGUAGUUCAUCUUUUACACCAUGGUCAGGAGAAAAUUCUGCAUAUCAAGACUGGCACAGAGAUAGCUUCAAGAUGACAAAUGCAUAUAAGACUUGACUUCUUUUAUACCCACCCUACAGUUCAAGCCAUUUUUGUAUUUUUGUAGAGAGUUCGAUUUCCAGACACUCAUAAGUUGAUUACUCUAUGGAUAUCAAUGAUCCUAAUCGGGAGGGAAACCCACCACCAGCUUCUUCUCUAGUCCAUCAUGUUGAAGAUUCCAGAUUCCAUACACUGGAAAAUGAAUCUGCUGAGAAUUUGGGACCUUCUCAAAUUCAUUUCAGGAUGACACCUGGUAAUAGCAGUGCUGGCAUCAGCCAUGUGCCCAUACUGCACAGAAAUCUCCAAGAUAAUCCAGAUACUGUAAGAGACAUGACAGGAGCAUUUCUGUCACAUGAUCAAACUAUUGCAGUAAACAGUGAUAGUGCUGUGUCUGGUACCACUCAAUUCAAUAGCUUUGAGAGCUCAUUAAUUGACAGAAGUCCUUUACACACCAGAGGUAACAUUACCGGAGAAUUACAAUCUAGCAGUCAGGUUAGCCCAGCUGAUGGUACUCAACUUGGCUUUUGUGCACCCCUCUUCAAUGAAUUUCAUUGGCAACAGAUUCAUGGAAAUUUUGUGCACCAUGGAGUUAGUACAUCAGAUCAUCGUGACUCAAUGAUUGGCAACAAUAUCAUGACAAAUGUAGUUCGGCCUGAUAUCCCUCAUUCUUCGGAAAAGCUUGAUGGCAGUUUUUUGAAGCUUGGGUUAGGUGUUGAUACAAUGGAUGCUUUUCAAUCUAGUUCUAAUGUCCAAGGCAGAGGAAUUAGUAAUCAUGAUGGUGUGGAUACUGGCACCCAUACAAAUAUCCCCUAUGUACCACAAGCUAGUGAGAACCUUUCUAAUCUUAGCCACAACAUGGGUGGUUGGACCUGGUCUAACAAUGACAGCAAUGUAAUCAAUUCCAGCAACAGUUCAAGUCCAUUCAAUAUGUCCCAAACACCACAAGGUAACAUGCAAUAUUUUCUUGCGAUGCCAAAUGACAGUAUCUUACGUGUUGGACAUAACAGUGAUGCAAGAUAUGCAAAUAUUGAUCCUUACAGUGGGUUCCAUGGUUAUUCUGGCAUUGCUACAAGAUCCUGUAGUAGCAUACAAGUUGAUUUGCCAAAUAAUGAACAAGCCUGUCCAUCUAGGGUGGUGCCUAGACCACCUAGUGUUAUUCCAAGACCUUAUGAAUCUCCAGUGCAAUGCCUCCACAGUUAUCCGAAUAAUUUCAAUAAAGCCCCAGCUGAAUCUUACAUGGUUUCUUCUGCUGCCAUUGAAUCAAGGCCUGCCAGUAGCACCCCAGCUGGGUUUAUGGAUAAUAGACAAGGAUGGCCAUUCAGAGUAAUGCCAAGACCUACUACUUCAAUUCAAAGACCUAGUGGAUCAUAUCCUUUUCAACUACACCAAGGUUAUCAUAACAUUAGCUUCCCUUUAGAGUCUUCCACGGUUACUCCUGCUGUUGGGACUGUAAAACACAAAGCCAUGCAUGAUCAGCCAGGUCAAUCAUUAAAAUUUAUUGAUAGCGGUAUUGUUCAAUAUGACAAAGGUCUUCAUGGUCCAGCUGAUAAGAGGAGGCGGGUUCAACCACCCAAGGAUGAUCAAACUCAAGGAAGACAACAGAUUGUUCAGUCUGCUAAUAAUCUUCUCGCACCAGCACUUAACAGUGUUAGGUCCACCUCACUGGCAGAGAGGAGAGCAGUUACUCAAGCUAUUUCUAGGAAUCCUCCAUUACCACAAGCGCCUGCUGAAGCUCAAGAAAAUCGGCCUGCUCAAUCCACUAAUAAUCUUCUUGGAGAAGCUGUUAGUUUCAAACCAAUCCCAGUGCCAGAUAUAAGUAAGCUUCUUCGAACUACCAACAUUCCUCGAGGACGGCGAGGUAGGAAGGGCAAUAGCCAACCAACAGCAACUACUCCCCCGAUUACAAGUAAAAGGUUCACUCCUCAAUCUUCCACUGCUCCAUCCUUGUCCGUAAGGCAGACUGAUCCUGUCCACCAUAUCAAGUGGAAAGGUUUCGUAGAAGAAUCCCCUCAACGAAAGAAAGAGAAAUGUGGUUUAUGCAAAAUGAAUAUCGAACCUGUACCAAUAGGUUCUUGGUCCCAAACUUCCAGUCAUCAAAAACCUGCAGUUUUGCCAUGCAGGCAUACUUUUCAUGCUGACUGUUUAGAGCUCAUCACCACCAAGGAGCAGUCAAAAGACCCUCCAUGCAUUUCUUGUGCCCUUGGCGAUGUCCCAAGCCCUCCCAAAUGACUGCCCACUCAUUCACUUAUUUUGUUCCCCUUAUGAAAAUUUUGUUCUGUAGUUUGUUGGCAGCAGCUGAAUAGUGGUGGAAAGGAUAUAACAACAAAUGUAGAUACAUAGGUGAUAUUGAAAUUGAGUCUGAUAACAGUGUACAUAAUCUGUAAAUCCUCAUAGCAGGAGUCUCUUGAUUAAUUGGGAAUAGAUUCUGCUUACAGAGGUAGCAAGUUUAUACAAAACUUCUUUUAUCAGCAUAGAAAUAAUGAGUGAGACUAUACAAGUGUAAUUGUUAUACUACGAAUUUUUUUCUGAAUAUGUAUUUGUUUCUGA